CAGGUACAGGUGCAUGUCCUGAUUAUUCACACAAGUAUAGAUUACUGAUAUGCAAAACACAGACAAGAAGCACAGAACACAGAUGGGUGGCCUUUGCCUCGCCUCCAUGCAUAUUUGUCUGUUGCCCGGCCGGCAAUAUCCCUCGUUCCAUGCUCGCAUGCCCGUCGGGCUACAAAAGGGUAGACAUCACCGCAUCAAACGUCGAGGGCAUGAGGCAUGGGGUAUCAUGAGGUCUAAUGGGCGACGAGGCAUGAGGUCAAGAGUGUCGAAUAUUGCAUAUUGCGUAUGGAGACUGGAGCAGUGUGUGGUGAAUUGCAAAGUGCGGAAUCCAGAAGACGACAGACAAAAGCGUGCACACUGUAAUUCGUACACGCAUAUUGCGGAGCCUCCUGCAUCGACGUGCAGCCAGCGGGAGUUCCGUAUCUCACAAGCGAAAACCUGGAAAAAUAGUACACUUAGUUACCAAUGCGAAUCAUUUGCAAGACGCCUCGAGAGUGCCAAGUCGACAAGAAGCGUUGGCCGCGUGUAUGAAUUGCGAGUGUGAUUGGCACAGCAAGCCCUAGGAAGUAAUAAUCGAAUUUGCACAUGUUGUAGGUUGAUAGAUGCGAUGUAC